CAGAGAGAGAAAGGAGAGAGGAGUGGAUUGUGUAGAGAUCAAAGGAAGCUGAGAAGAAUGGAUUCCCACCAUCCAGUCACACAGCCACCAGAACAACUGUACAUUGAGUACAGUGUGUGCAGGCGGAGGGGAGCAGAGAGAGCUAGGAGGGACAGUCAAAGAGGCCCGGCCACACAAGGAAGGGGCCACUCAGCGCAGAUGACAAAGCGAAGGAAGAGACUAGUUUACACCUGCAGUUACAUAACCCGCUCCUUUUUCCGCCCACUCUCAGGAACCAGGGGUAGUCAUUAGAGAUGGCGUUGAAAAGUUUAAAAAGGAGGGCUGGUAGAUCAAGGCGUCCAGAAAGAUCCAGGAAGUCAGCAGUGGUGUCAAGGAAACAUGGAGGAAGGUCAACACCAGCAGACAAGGCAGAGGCAGGCAAGGCACGCUGGGGACUAGAAGUGACAGAAACUGAUGAGAUCAAAGAGUACAGGUCACAAGCCGCUGAUUAGUCCACCCAACACCUCCAGCACUACAUACUCCCCCAACUGAGUGUCACCCACUUCCUCCGCAUCCCAGGGCUCACUCUGGCC